CAGCGAAUUUUCUUCGUGUGUGUGCCGUGUGUGGUUUUAGUUUGUUUUUAACUUGGAACACGAGGUUUUCUCAAUUAAAAGGAUUAUACCGUGCUAAUACUCAUUUGCAGUAAUGGCCAAGCUACAUAAUUAUUACGUUCUGUGCCCAUUAAUAGAUCAGAAAAGCUUUCUCGGCGUUUCAGAAGAUAAAGAAGACGAACACGUUAUUGUGACUUUGGGACGAAAUGUUGUGAAUAAAUAUCAACUUUCAGACCAAAAGCAAGUUGGUGGAUGGACAUCAAAAGAUCACAUAACAUCAGCCGUAAUCUAUGACAAAGAACAGGAGAGUUAUGUUGGUGUAUUCAAUAAGAACACCAUCAAAACAUGGAAAGAGGAAUCAGAAAAUUUGGAUAAAAUUAAGAAAUUUAAGUUCCCCCUGAACAUCUUAAAAGUUAUACCCAGAAACAAGCAGUCACCCCUCAUAGUGUUCGCCAAUGGCAACUGUGCAUCGCUACCAUAUGCCCUCGACAACAGAAAGACUUAUGAAAGUAAAUCACUGCUGAAAGACACUGACACAAUAGUUGACACAGCUUGCUUCACUGUCAACAAGACAGACUUUGUAUGCUACAUAGUAAAGAACAAUAAGGAUCACUAUGAAAUAAUAAACUGUCCUCUACGAGAUGAGCUAGGAGACAUGGACAGGUCUAAGUUGACGAGGACCAAAGUUACAAGACCAGAGGAUGUGUAUGUUGUUGGGAAAUAUAUUUGUACUGAGGAGAAAAAUGCUGUGUACAUAUUGUGGAGUGAUGGAAAAAUGACCAUAUACAACUUUAAAGAUUGGAAAACAAUAGGCACAGUACCCUGGGUAUCUACACUGUCCAGUGUCUCCAUAACCUGGAUGGGCAAGGAACACCUCAUAGUGUUUGGAAGUAAUACAGAGCAAGAUGGAGCCAUCAUUAUCGCUUACAACAUUGUGCUGGGAGUGGGGACAUGCAAGUACCCCAUGAAGAUGUAUUCCGAAGGUGCCAAGUUAUAUUGCUACCAUGGAAGAAUCAUUCUAGAAGCUUCUAACCACAUUGGCAUGUUGCCAUAUGUCCUAGAAGCAAAGAGAAACUUAUCAAGUUUAUUAGGAUCCCAUGAAGUUGUUCAGGAUGAGGGCAUGGAGAUUGCUAACUGGGAUUCCCCAACAGAACCUCAGUUCCCAGUAAAUGAUGAAACAAAAGAUCUAAUAAAAUUGGGUCUCACAGAAAGGAGUAUUUGUCACAAUGCUGUACCACCACUCUUAGAAAAGGAUGACUUUAGAGCUGUUUACAGAAUACUCAAGCAGUUCAAAGACAUUCCAGAGACUACUCUUGUAGCAGUACUCAAGUAUGCCAUCAAGUUAGUUAACCCAAACAAUAUAGAUGUCACUGAUGUUGAAGAAUUCUCCAAAUUAUGUUCUGGGGAGCACUCCAGCAAGAUGGAGCAGAUAGUGCACAGAGCUAAGUUUGAGUUACUAAACUACACUCUGCAAAUAUCAUUCAGUGAUGCAUUGAUUAUACCUCCUUUGAGGAGUGGCCUUGGUGUGGAUGAUACAUUAUUCCUCAUGACAUACAUGGCACAUGUUCUUGUAAAUUCAGAGAAAAACUUGGACACUGAGUAUGAAAGCAAACUUUUUGAUUGGUACAUUUUGCUAAUGGAUGCUUUCUACCAACAGUUUUUGAUGACAAAAGAUGAGAAAGUAACAUCAGUGCUGCAGAAUUCCCUGAACCUUGUAUUGGACCUGAUAAAACAAUUACAUUCUGUCAGUGAGGUAUUACCCCUAAUAAAUAAGCUGCUGAGUGGUAAAAUGAUUGAAAAUGAUUCAGAUUCUUUAUCUUAUGCAAUUGAAUUAAUGCAAAUAUAAUUUUAAUUUUA